AUGACAAUUAGAAUCGACCAAAAUCCCACCUUGUUUGCACUGCAGAUGGCGAGACAAAUGGAAGAGAUUCUCUUGAAGCCACUCAACUCAUUUCCGCACGUCGUAUUCUACCACUGUAAAUGUAUCUUCCAGCGACAACAGCCUCGGCUGAUCCUUAUCGAUGGUCUCGACGAAUGCUUUGACAACGAUGUCCAGGAGGAAGUCAUUCGGGUGAUGGCCGAACUUGUCUACAAGAGUCGGCUACCAAAUCCGACCCUCCGCCAAGUUUUGCCAUUGGUCAGGAGAAAGGAUAUAUCAGCAGACCCCGGUGCUGCACAGGACAUUCGCGACUUUCUCGAUGCAGAAUUCGCCGAGAUUCGACGCAUUCAUUCGCAUACCAGCCUGGAUUCGUGGCCCAGUCGAGAGGACAUCGAGAAACUCGUCCAGAAAUCUUCGGGGCAAUUUAUAUAUGCGUCUGCAGCAAUGAAUUACAUCAAAACCUGGGAACACCGACCAGACGAGCGCCUACAAGUGAUUUUAGGAUUAUCUCCUCAACACACCAACGAACGACCCUUUGCCGAGCUCGACAAACUUUAUCAUCAUAUUUUGAUAUCAUCCCCCCGUUUUUCAGCUACAAUGCGAAUCGUAUCUAUCCUUGCCAUACCUCGGAAGGUACAGAAAGGCUUCGAGAAUUACGCGACACCUGCCAUGCUCGAAAGGCUUCUCUCACUCGGGAAUGGUGACGUCCAACGAGAUCUGUCUGCAGUGAGAUCCAUUUUUUCUGUUCACGGUCGCAACGACCCCAUCGUAAUGUUUCACGCAUCUCUACCGGACUUUCUGUGUGAUCCGCUCAGAUCCAAAGAAUGCUUCGUCGAUCCCAAGGCUGCACUUCGAUCACUCGCCGAGGGCUAUCUAAAUUGCAUGUCAAGGCUCAAGACUGGUACAAUAAACGAGGAAUCACACAUUCGGUCCGUCAUGGAGAGCCUGGUUCUUCCCUCUGUCUGGUGCUGCAAGAGAGCUGGCCUUGGGGAGCAGUGGCUAACAGUAACAGCAGAUUUGAACUUCAAUGACAGUAUCUGUUCUAUAUAUCUAUCCAUUUUGGAGAGGUCUCCAUGGACAGCGCACUCUCUCGAACGGGGGGUAGAAAAGCUGGUCGCACAUCUCCGUGAAAUGGAUCCUAAAGCUGGGGAUAAACUUCACUCACAGUUUUCAGGUAUCAUUAACGAAUAUUGGAGCCUUGCUUCACUUCGCAAUUACCCUAUAUGGACUCGGAUGCCUGGUAGCGAUUUCAGCACAGACGACAUCAUGAUCUUAGUCAUGGGCAUAAGCGGGAGUGGCAAGAGUCCUUUUUUGAACAAUGCGCUGUAUCAACCUAUAUUCCCAGUUCAUCAUGGCUCAUCUCCUUCCCAUAACAUUCAACAUGCACAAAUUGACCUGCCACUAGGAGGGUCCACACCCCAGCGGGUCUGGUGGAAGGACCAUCGUUUGAUUCGUCCAAAUAUUCAGAUAUACUUGGAGCAGGAAACCAAAUGUUGGCCUGGGCACCAGAAGAAACCCAUUAGUAUGGGCAUCCUUCUCAUGCACCCGAUUCAUACCAGCGAUACUACCGACAAUCGCCAUGCGCUCUCCAUCGAAAUGAUUCUGAAUGCGAAUGGCCAAUCCGAGUUGCUCGCGCAAUGGUUAGUUGUAACCACAAUGUGGGAUGCAGCACCUUCGUUGGAGUUUGCCCAAAGCCAACAAGAACAGCUUGUCAGGUUCUGCAACCGGAGAACCCCCCCAGUGGAAGUUGUUGGCCAUAAUGACUCUCACGGGUCUGCUUGGAGGGGGUUGAACAUGCUUCUUGAUAGGAUAAAACCAAGCAACCAAGAGGCGCACUAG